AUGAAGGCCCUGCUCCUCCUCACGCUCCUCGGCCUGGCACUGCUCGCUGCCGUGGCACAGGCGGAGGCCCCCGGGGAGGAGGAAACCAUUGUGAAGAAGGUGCAAGAUUAUGUCCAGCACGUGGCUCAGACGGCCAAGGACGCCUUAACUAAGGUCCAGGAAUCCGAGGUGGCUCAGCAGGCCAGGGACUGGGUCAAUAUGCGUGCUGAGGACGUACACCAGUUUUGGGAUGUGCUAAAGGACAAGUUCUCUGCGCUCUGGGAGUAUCAGCCGCCUGGGCAGUGA